AUGGCCCCAGUUUUUCGCUGUGGCACAGUGGGAGGUGAGCGCUUCCCUCUCUCUUGCACCAUCACCACCUUCGCCUUUGCCCUCAAUUACCACGUCCGGCAUCCGCAUCCCCCAGCAGCCAUGGCUCAGGGCGCGUUCAAGCAGUCCACCAAGGCCAAGGCCCCCAAGGCCGUGCACUCCAAGAAGCAGGCGUCCAAGGUGUCCAAGCCCAAGAAGAACAAGGCCGGCAUCGACAAGGCGCACAAGAAGUUCACCUCUGGCUUGACGGCCAAGACGGAGGCCCUGCUGGGCGAGCGCGCUGGCCACCUCGAGCUCCUCGGCGGCAAGGGCAAGCGCACCGACAAGAGAGCCACCGUCAAGGCCGGUUCCAAGAAGUUUGGCUGA